CACACUUCCUGUUCCGGAAUUUGGAAAACUGCACGGCAGGAGCGGGGGAAAAGUACAACAGUGCACAGUGGACCCAUAGGACAGUGAAUCGCAAAGACUCUUCGGGACCUACCCAACUACUUUUGGUGGAAAGAUGUUCUAGUGAUCUGGGUAUGAAAAGCUGGGCCUUUGUCGUCGGCUCUGGGUGACAUGAAAUGCGGCUACUGUCGCUACCCCGUGCCGACUCUACGACCAUGGCCUCGCCACUGCCCCCCUGCACAGCUGUCAGAUACUCUGCCCUGGCAAUCGUCGCUCUUCUCCUGCUCUCGGCGACUGCUGUGAAGGCCUCCCAAGGCGACAAGGAGCCAGUUUACCAAGGCUGUGUCACGCAAUGUGUUCGGACCAACUGCACCGGAGCUCGGCUCAGAGGUUUUCAGUCUACACAGCCGCCUUACAUGGCGCUGACAGGUGAGAGUUUUCUGCCGCCGCCACGUUCUGUGAAGUUUAAAAGCCUGCUAGCUCGCGCUGGGGAACCAGUCGCCAGCCAGCUACUACUAGAGCAGCGUCCACUGAUAUGGUAGCUAGUUAACCAAUUUAGUAAUCAGAGUGGAAAUUAGAAAUGCUUAAAAAACAUAUUGCUGUCAUUAAAUGCAUGUUUGGCUGUUCUGCAUUGUUUAGCUGUUCGUAUACUCAGACAGUGUUUUUUUUGGGUGAUCACUGCAUGAUGUUUUGAAGCCAGUUGAGCAUUUGAAUUGGUGCUGCUAAUGAAUUAUUUGUGAUGCAACAAGCCUUAGCCCCAUGGCUUCUGUCAAAUCAAUUAGCUACAGACAGUCAAUGACCACUAUGGUGUUGUUCCAUCAGAUAAGUUGGCUUACUGCUGUAGAUUGUCAGGAACGACCACUAACUGUCUAACUCCAGCUUUCUGUCCCUUGUCCAGGCUGGACGUGUCGUGAUGACUGCCGGUACCAGUGCAUGUGGCAAACGGUGGGACUGUACCAGGCUGAAGGCUACAGCAUCCCACAGUUCCAUGGAAAGGUAUGUGCCUUGCAUUCUAUGGUCAACCUUACCAUGAGAUCCUUAGUGCAGAGUUAUCCAAUAUCAAUAAAUGGCUUUCAGAUAACAAACUUUCUCUGCAUCUUGGAAAAACAGAAUCCCUUGGUUUUAGUGUCAGUGGGCAACUCUGUGGUUACACCGAAAACCUCAGUCAGCUACCUUGGGUGUGAAUUGAAUAGGUACCUGACUGGUGAGACUGGUCCUGAAGGUUUUAACAAAGAUAAACCAAACAUUUAAAUUCCUAGCUCGGGACCUCAAAAUAUCUUGAUAGUGUCACACUAAGGACUCUGGCAGGUGUGCUAGUUCAGUGUCACUUUGAUUAUGCGUGCACAUCAUGGUUCACCAGCAGACCCAAACAUCUAAAGAAUAAGCUACAGACCAAUCAAAACAAGCUGGUGAGAAUUAUACUUAAACUUAAGGGUUUUAUGCAGCUAGGCUGGCUAUAUGUAGAGAAAAGGGUAAUAUUAAUUCAACUGGUCCAUAGAAUUAUUACUGACUCAGCCCCCAAAUACUUAUCUAAUUAUUUUACUUAUAUUAGAGAUUUCUACCAAUACAACACCAGAGCCAGAGACUCUGUUGCCUGUUUUAUAUUUAAGAACCUAACUGGUAAGAACACCAUUUUAUAUACCAGCACUGUUGAGUGGAACAAACUACCACAGCAACUCAAAUCCAUGCCGACCAUAACAUUGAAAAAUAAUGUAAAAAGCUGGCUAAUGAUCGAGCAAUAUAACAAUUGUUUCAUGUCUGUAUCUAUGGAAUGUGUCUGUAUCUAUGUACUGUAUCAGUAUUUAUGUAAUGUUGUAGUGUUUUUGCACCAUGGAAUUUAGGGACCACAAUUGAAAUGCAGUGCCUUCAGAAAGUAUUCACACCCUGUCUUUUUCAACAUUUUGUUAUUACAGCCUUCAUUUAAAAUGGAUAACAUUUAGAUUUUGUGUCACUGAUCUACACACAAUACCCCAUAAUGUCAAAGUGGAAUUAUGUUUUUAGAAAUGAUUACAAAUUAGUAAAAAAUGAAAAGCUGAUGUGUCUUGAGUCUAAGUAUUCAACCUAUUUGUUAUGGCAAGCCUAAAUAACUUCAGGAGUAAAAAUUUGCUUAACAAGUCAAUAAGUUGCAUGGACAAACUAUGUGUGCAAUAAUGGUGUUUAACAUGAUUUUUGAAUGACUACCCCAUCUCUGUACCCCACACAUACAAUUAUCUGUAACGUCCCUCAGUUGAGCAUUGAAUUUCAAGCACAGAUUCAACGACAAAGACCUGGGAGGUUUUCCAAUGCCUCGCAAAGAAGGGCACCUAUUGGUAGAUGGGUAAACAAUUUUUAAAAAGCAGACAUUGAAUAUCCCUUUGAGCAUGGUGAAGUUAUUAAUUACACUUUGGAUAGUGGAUCAAUCACAGGAGGCUGCUGAGGGAGAACGGCUCAUAAUAAUGACCGGAAUCUAGCAAAUGGAAUGGCAUCAAACACCUGGAAACCAUGUGUUUGAUGUAUUUGAUACCAUUCCACCAAUUCCGCUCCAGUCAUUAUUACCACAAACCCGUUCUCCCCAAUGAAGGUGCCACCAACCUCCUGUGGAAUCAAUACACCCAGUCACUACAAAGAUAGACUUCCUUCCUAAGGAAACUGCUCAGGGAUUUCACCAUGAGGCCAAUGGUGAUUUUAAACCAAAGAACUGAGGAUGGAUCAACAACAUUGUAGUUACUCCACAAUACUAACCUAAAUGAGAGUGAAAAGAAGGAAGCCAGGAUACAAAACAUGCAUCCGGUUUGCAAUAAGGCACUAAAGUAGUACUACAAAAAAGUGUGCAAUUUUUUUUCCUGAAUACAAAGUAUUCACUGACUACCACUCUUCAUAUUUUCAAGCAUGCUGGAUAAUGUGCAAAUAUUGUAAAAUCCAGGUUUGCAAAGCUCUUAGAGACAUACCCAGAAAGACUCACAGCUGUAAUCACAGCCAAAGGUGAUUUUAACGUGUAUUGACUCAAGGGGUUGAAUACUUAUUUAAUCAAAAUAUAUUUUGUUUUAUUUUCCAUUAAUUAAAAUAAAUGUUAGAAUUUUUCAUCCAAUUUUACAUCAGAGUUGUGUGUAGAUCGUUGACUACAAAUGACAAAUACAUUUUAAUCCCACAUUGUAACACAACAAUGUGGAAAAAGUCAAAGGGUGUGAAUACAUUGAAGGCACUGUAAGUCUCUGACUCUUUUGUGAUAUUCCUGUCACGUUUUAAAAAUGUGUGUGUGUGUGUGUGUGUGUGUGUGUGUAAAAUAAAAUCAAUCAACCUCUACGGUUGUGGAACAGUUUGGGGGUACUCAAGGAGAGGUUUGGAAAUUAACCACUAGGCUAUUUAUGGGGAUAAUGAAAUACUAGGAUUCACUUUAUUUAGUCUCACUCUUUCCUUCUUUGUCCUGCUGUCUUCUACAGUGGCCAUUUGCUCGGUUCCUGUGCUUCGAGGAGCCGGCGUCUGCUCUGGCCUCUCUGCUCAACGGCCUGGCCUGCCUUCUGAUGCUGCUGCGCUACCGCAGCUCUGUCCCACGCCAGAGCCCCAUGUACUACACCAUCACCGCCUUCUCUCUGGUGUGUUUGAAUGUGUUUGUUUAGUGAGUGUGUCGUGUGUGUGUGAGUAAGACAGAGGUCCAUCAAGUCUUACACCAUUGUAGCAUUUUCCUGUACAUUGUAAUGUGUGCAUUUGAGUGUCCAGAAGUUUAAUGAAUUUAAGUUUUCAGAAACGUAACUUAAACUUUUUGCUUAUUCAUAUUAAAAUAUACUUAUGUAAACUAGUUUUUAAUAAGAUCUCUUUCUCUUUAUUCAGGUUUCUCUCAAUGCUUGGUUCUGGUCCACAGUGUUCCACACUCGGGACACCUAUCUCACUGAGGUAAUGGUCAAAGCCUAUGUCAUCCUAUCAUUUCAUACAGCAAGUGGUUAAUACAGCAUGUGUUACAAUUAGGGUAUAGCAGUCUGUGAUGCAUAGCAUACGUUGAGAAACCAGGGUAGAAGUCAAUUCCACUUCAAUUCCUGUUGAAUUGGACAUAGAAUUUCUCCAUAGAAAUGCAAUUUGUUUUCUCAUUUGAGUAAAAUUUAGAUAACUGUAUGAUCCUCAGAUUACAUCAGUCCGAUUCAGUUAGACUGCUCUCUGCCACUCACCAGUCACCACUCUUUGUGGUGUUCAAUUCAUGAAUUGAAAACUACCUAUUUAUUUUCUAUGAACAUUUUUCAAUUCAUGAAUUAGGAUGCAGAAUAAUAAUUCAGAUGGAACUGUUAACAGGCAUUUGCCAUGGAUUAUUGUCAAUAACUAACACCUCAUCAGCAAUCCCUCGAGGUUGAGGGUGAUCUCUUCUUCACAGUUAUUUUUUGUUGGUCAGAACUAACCGUUUUAUAAACAAAAUAUUUGCCAAUCUGUUUAUUUACCUUUCUUCAAGAAAAUGGACUACUUCUGCGCAUCUGCUGUCAUCCUCUACUCUAUCUACCUAUGCUGUGUGAGGUAAGCUUAAAAACAGGCUUUUUUCUCAUACUCUUCCUCAAUAAUAUUGUUGAUUUAACCCCUGUGGCAUACAGUAAAGACACUGAAGGAUAAUUGACAAAGACAAACUGCAUCAGUAUAGAACACAGACCUCAAUAAGCCAUGAGUGAUAAUAUUUAUGUUCAUCUAUGUUUAUAUCACAUACAUAACUCUUGCGGUUGGCAACAAAUAUUUCCUUCCAUAAAGUACUUUAUUCCUGGGUUUGUUAAUAGAUGCCUCAUAAAUACAAGGAACAUAUGUGAUUAUUAACCUCUGUAUGGUUACAUUUUAGGACAAUGUAUGAUAUGACAUUGACCCUUAUAUCUCCCCAGGACGUUGGGGCUGAAGAAGCCGGGGGUGUCCAGCAUGGUAGGGGUCCUGCUCAUCCUGGCCUUCACCUCCCACGUGUCUUACCUGACCUUCGUUAGCUUCGACUACGGUUACAACAUGGCUGCCAACGCCACCAUAGGUACAGUUAACCGUACCUUAGUCCAUAACAAGCAAAGAACACAAAUAUUUAAUGUUAGUGAAUUGUUCCCAUGGUAACAUUCACUUUAGCAUUUCCCUGCUUGCAGUCAGUCUCAAUCUCUCUCGUUUUCCCUACCACACUAUCCCCUACCCCCUCCACCCUCUCUCUCCUCAUUCCCGCCUCUCUCCACCACCUCCUGUUCCCUAUUCCUCCCCUUCCACAGGCAUAGUGAACCUGCUGUGGUGGCUGUGCUGGUGCUGGCAGAACCGGCGUACACUGCCCUACUGGUGGAAGUGUGGCUUGGUGGUGGUGCUGCUCCAUGGCCUGGCCCUGCUGGAGCUGCUUGACUUCCCGCCACUGUUUUGGGUCCUGGAUGCCCAUGCAGUCUGGCACCUCAGCACUGUGCCGGUGCACUUCCUCUUUUACAGGCACGUAGACCUCUUGUCUAUCGACCUACACCAGUGGAGGCUGGUGGAUAGAGAAAUGGGGAGGACAGGCUGAUUGUAAAUACUUGCUCCCACUUACUCUACAGAGCACUUUUUCACGUUUUUGAAAGCUAUAAACAGAGUGCUCACUCAAGUUCUUCUACUCCAAAAGUAGUCCUCAUAGAUAAUCCAUAAGAAAAGGACAGCACUUGAAACCUUUCAACAGCUUCCCCUCAACCUUUACACAACCAUCAUCCAACAUCUAGGCUUGCUUUCGUUUUGCACCUCUAUUCCCUAACCAACUUAGUCUCUUUUUUCCUCCACAGUUUCUUGAUAGACGACAGUCUCCAUCUACUCAACACAGAGAAGACUGGUGUGAAACUGGAGUAGCAGGAGCUCAUCACCACUUCACCCUGCCUCUUUCCUCACUCACCAAUCAAGGCAGCCGUGCACCAGAAUGGGGUGGAGCUCAGUCGCAAUGGCUACCUGCAUGGCACCUGUGCAUCCAUGAAUUCCAUCAAAGUAUAUACUUUUUUUGUUGAUUUUAUUUCAUGUUUUUUGGGGGGUUGAUGAAAUUAUUUCAAAUAAUAAUUUUUCACAUGAGAUUUUUCUUGACUUGAUGUUUGCAUUCAGUAAGCUUUGCCUUGUAUAGAGUGAGAAAUAAGGCCCCUUUGUCAUUAAACUUGAUCUAAAUAUUAAUAGAAUACUGGACAUUUUACACAGUAGACCAGAUGCACAUUGGGUAUCCACCGGCACGCAUGCAUAUCGAUUUGAUCAAAGUCCUCUACAGAAUAGGCUUCGUAGGCUUGAAGUUAGCCCCAUAACAGACACGGAAUGCAUUAGCUGUCAAAAUCGGGCAGUCCUUUGAAAGUGAUCGAAAACGGGGCCUUAAUCCCUGGGUCAUGUUCAAUAGGCACGAAAUGGAAGAAAGUGGUCUGAAACGAAGAGGUUCCAUCUGAACUCGUCCAAUGAGAAAUGGUGUGCCCUAAUAAACGCAACCCUCUUGUACAUGAGGGCAUGGUUUGAGUUUACAUUAUAGAAACUGCAGCUGCAUGUGCCCAAGUCCAUCUGUGCCAAAAGUGUCCCGACAUACAGAGUGAGAGAGGUGCCCCCUGUCAGGGUGGGGAUGCCAGCGGAUUGUUCUGGAGUGGGGGGAAGGGGACCAGGGAGCAUGUUUGGAGGCCAUUCCAGCUGACUAUUUUUUUUUUUUUUU